AUGGGGCUUGCUACGAUUGAGGGUCAAACGCACGAGCUGCCGAGCAAGGACGGUUACUUUGGCGAGUACGGGGGACAGCAAUUGCCUCCGCAACUCGUAGAAAUUAUGAACGAGAUAUCCGAAUCGUACGAGAAACUCAUACGAACCGACGCCUUCCAAAUUGAAUUGGACUCCCUCAACAAGGACUUCAUCGGUCGACCAAGUCCCAUAUUCUACGCACGCCGUUUGACGGAAAAAAUUGGUGGUGCCCGCAUUUUUUUGAAACGUGAAGACCUGAACCAUACAGGAGCUCACAAAAUCAAUCACUGUCUCGGGGAAGCGCUCCUGGCUAAGCACAUGGGCAAAACCAAGGUAUUGGCUGAAACCGGUGCAGGACAACACGGUGUGGCCCUCGCCACGGCCUGCGCCUUGAUCGGAAUUGAAUGCGAAAUUCACAUGGGGCAGGUUGACGUAGAAAAAGAAGCCCCCAACGUGACCAAAAUGAGAAUUUUGGGUUGCAAGCUCAUCACCGUCACUCGAGGCACCCGCACUCUCAAGGACGCCGUCGACAGUGUCUUUGAGGAGUACCUCAAAGAUCCGGUCAAUUACUUUUACGCCAUAGGAUCCGUCAUUUUCAAAGCAUCGUGGGAUCUGGAGGGGGGCGCAUUGCCUGACGCUAUUGUUGCCUGCGGCGGCGGAGGUUGUAACGCGCGCGGGAUUUUUACGGCCUUUUUAGAAGACCCCGAAGUCCAACUCAUUGGGGUUGAACCUGCGGGCAGAGGUUUGGAGACCUCCGAUCACGCCGCGACCAUGACUCUCGGCGUCAAAGGAUCCAUCCACGGAAUGAAUUGCUACAACUUGCAAGAUGAGACCGGCGAGCCGCUACCAGUAUACAGUAUCGCAUCCGGGCUGGAUUACCCUGGAGUUGGUCCCCAGCACUGUCUCCUGAAAGACAUUGGCCGAACGAAGUAUGUGGCUGUUACAGAUCAGGAAUGCUUAGAUGCAUUUAUGCAGCUAUCUCGUGUCGAAGGCAUCAUUCCUGCUUUGGAAAGCGCGCACGCUGUGGCGUACGCGACGAAGUUGGCCGUGGAAAUAGGACCGGGAAAAACUAUCUUGGUCAAUUUGUCGGGACGAGGUGAUAAGGAUGCUGACUUUGUCGCCAAUCGUCUUCAGUUGUAG